ACGCUUCAUCACGAGCGGUUGUGCGCGUUUCGUCUAAGUUUACGGAUUAAUGAUUGUGUAUGUUGUGUGUCAUUAAUGAUAAUGCUGUGAACUGGCUACUAGAUGGCGCUGUGUUUUUUGUGUAAUGUAGUGUAGUGUUAAGAAGUGAAUUAAGUGAAAUGCGAGACGGAUCCAAACCUGGCCCCAGUGGAGGCUCAUCAGGGCAGGCGUUUGACACGGAUUUUGAAGGAUCUGCAGGUGUUGAAGACAGCUAUGAGGAGCUGGCGUCUCUGAGGACACUUCUCCAUUUUCCAGAGGAAGUCGCCCUGAGGCUGACAGACACAGAAUAUAAAUUGUUUUAUCAAGUCCCACCAAUAGAUUAUCUACGUCAAGUGACACUGGAUCUUGGUGGUGAGGGUGUGCUGGGAACAGUCACCGAUCGGCAUAUGAUAAGACGCUCACCAGCCACCCAUACACCAACAGUGAAGAGCAGCGUCCGAUCUCUCAUUCGUAGAUUUAACGAGGUGUCUGCGUGGGUGACAGAUCUUGUCCUCAACCAGGGCUCGACAGAGGAGAGAAAAGAAGUUCUCGCCUGCAUCCUACGCGUGGCACUGACGUGCUGGAACAUAGGAAACUUCAACGGAGCCAUGGAGAUCGUAGCUGGGUUAAAGUCACAUAAGCUGAAACCAUUCUGGCUCAGCAUAUCAGACGAGCCAAUACCAGCUCUGGACUUCCUCUCCGCUGCGCUGCUGUCAGCUGAGUACGAGAGAGCCCUCAGUCGAGCGUUGGCAAUGCCUGAGUGUCGACUGAUACCCUUCUUUGGUGCCUUCUUACGCGAGCUUAGGGAAAUUUUAGCGGCGACACCAUCUCUUACAAGUCAUUCUGUGGCUGCGACGCCAACACAUCGAAGAGAUUUUAAAAGAGAAUCAACAAAAGACAGAGGAUCGUUAAAAAGAGAUAGCAGACGUGACAGCAGUAAAAGGAACGAACAAAACACAACAAGUCCAUUACGAGAAAAGCGGGAGUCCCGAAGCGAGCCUGCCAGGCAAGUGUAUAUAGCCUCAUUUGAUGAGGAAGGGGAGCAGGCCUUCAGGCGAGUUGGUCCCGAAGGUCUCCUGAAUUUGGAGAAGGUGUACCGGACCCAAGCAGUCAUGGAUCACAUAGCCAGCUUCCACCAGCACCGGCAUGCGUUGGCCAGAAUUUGUAACCCCGUGUUUGGUGAUCAUUUGAAAACUGUAAUUUCUUCGUGUGAAGAGCCAGUAUUUACCCAAUCAAGACAAAAGACAGGAGCAAGCUUUGAGAACGAGGCGCUUUAUGAGUUGGAAGGAAGUGGGUACAGUCCAGUUCAACCAUUAUUUCAUGACCAUGGAGUGACCAUGUUCCCUUUGGCACCGCAGAAUGGUGAUAGAAUCGACAGGCAUAUAUUACAGAUAAUGCAUCACGGAACUGCCUGUAUAGUGGGAGAGUCAGAGUGGGCUGGCGCGUUUGUCCAUUUAAGACUGGAGCGCGCAUGCGCACUGCUGACGUGGUGUAAAACUGCUCAUAGGCCGACUGCUCAGUGUGGAGAAACCCCAUCAGAAAAUGUUCAACAGCCGGAAAUCAGUCUAUCAUAUAACCCGGAAGAAGUAAUACCGCUGAAAUACUCUGGAAACAUUGUUCAUGAGACGGAGGCCGGUGUUGUUGGUGAAGAGGGAUUUAUAGAUCUCCAGUGUGUCAAAGACAUGCGGCUGGGUGGUAAACUUCUAGAACCGAGAGACAUAGCUGAGCUGGUGGCCAGUGCGAAGCGGAACGGUCUGGACACCAGUCAACGAGCUCAUGUCAUAUCACUUCUGUAUGGGAACACGCUUAGUGAUAACAGACAUAUACACUUUUUAUUACCACCACAUGCCUUCAGAGUAUGGGCGGUGGGUCUCCAUUCUGUGAUCAAAGCCUUAAUUAGCCAAACGAAGCUAGCUGAUCGCAGUCUCGCCUGGCUGAAGAAUAAAUACACCGGUCUCUACUAUGAAGAUGGCUGCUGCUGCGAACCAUUGGUCUCUGAUGCUAUACGGAUAUUUGGAGGUCGAGAAUCUAUAUACGGCAGCUCCACCCAUUCCACUCCAAUCAAGUUCGCUGAAUCUCACACCGAUUCUACUAAAAGCGGCCUCAAAUUUAAGAAGAACCGAUCCUCAUCAGAACUGAAGGGAUCUCCAAGGAGCUACAGCACUGCUGGAACCAGGAGUGAGGAGGAGUAUACCUCAUCACCUCGACAUAGUUCAUACUCGGCUGCUUCAACCCACCACACAUCAUGCGGACCACGUCAUAGCAGUCUCACAGCAACCAGCCUCGUUUCUGGGUCUCCUAACAGGAGUAGUUUACGAAGACUGGAGACAAGCGAACGGUUUUGGGAGAACAUGAAGCACCUUCGCACCGGUUCUGUGGGGUAUGAGACCCAGUUAGAAUUUAUGGAUUUUGUCUCACUCUUUAGAAGUUUUAGUCUUGUGAUGCGAUCAGAGCUGCGUGAUGUCUUCGAACAACUUGCAGUUCCAAGGGGGAGAUGCCCAUUUCUAGGAGCGGAGAAAAGUAGAAGCUCGCCAGAACUCUUCAGGAACAAGACAGCGUUUAGAACUGGUCUUCUAACUAGAAACGGUUCGCUCGAUUUGGAGCCGCCCAGCGAUAAGGUCGGAAGGAAAAAGGCUUUCGACAUUUUAGCUGCUGCAGCCCUACCAGGUGCUAACCCAGAUCUAAGUGGCAGAGUCCUUUCUCUUCCUACCCUUGGAAAAUUUUGUGAAACAAGACAAUUGGAGCCCAAGAAUGAACAGCAAUUGAAAGAUAUUAUACAGAGACACGAACCAGACCCCACAUUGAGAGCUGACAAUUGUCUUUCGUUCGAGGGAUUUGUGAGGUUUCUGUCAGACAAAGACAAUUAUGCAUUUGUCCCUGAACAGAGAAGAGCUGGGAAUCUUGGAAAAUCCUCUGAAAAUGAAGAAAAGCUAAGUCGAGAAAUGUCUGGACCAUUGAGUCAGUAUUACAUCGCCAGCAGUCACAACACAUAUUUGACUGGACAUCAGCUGAAGGGAGAGUCAUCAGUCGAGCUUUACAGUCAGGUGUUACUAACAGGCUGCAGGUGCGUAGAGUUGGACUGCUGGGAUGGUGAUGAUGGAAAUCCUGUGAUAUACCACGGCCAUACAUUCACCACCAAAAUACCAUUUCGACGGGUUGUCGAAACUAUUGCCAGAAGUGCCUUCGUAACGUCUCCAUAUCCCUUGAUCUUAAGUAUUGAGAAUCACUGCAGCCUGCUGCAGCAGCAGGUGAUGGCGAGCACAUUUGAGGCAGUGUUUGGAGAGCAAUUGGUAACUUCUUUCCUGUUUGAUGUUGAUUACACGGACGAGCCACGACUGCCUAGCCCAGAGCAACUCAAAUAUAAGGUGCUGAUAAAAAACAAGAAACUAUUUCCAAUUGAGUCCAGUCCUACCAUUGGCUUGACAGGGGCGACUUCAGUGCAUGGGGGAGCACUAUCUUCUACCUACAGGGCAAAUGGUCUCCGCCACACCAGUUCAUCCCUCCCAGACGCUAGCAACCGAAGCAGUUCCAUCAUGUCAAACCAGUCAGCUGCCUCGUCACUCACAGAGUAUCUGUCUGAUGAUGAUUACGAUGAAGAUGAUGAUUUUGAAGAAAAAGAAUUAAACAAAAUCCUAAAUUCAAUGGAGGAAAAGACUGGACGCUCUCUGUCACUGUACCAGAGUUUUCGUAGGAGUGAGGGUGAUGGCGACACAUCUGGAAGUAUGAAGCACUCGGCCAGGAAGAGGAGUAAUCAAAUCGCAAGAGAACUUAGCGAUAUGGUCACAUAUGUACAGGCAAUUAAAUUCCGUGGACUCAGUCCCCUAUCACCACGUAGUUCUGUGAAACAACCGAACACUGUGAAGGACAAUACAGCGCCUUGCAGCAGCUUUGAAUCUUCAGAAAGUAGUGAUAGCACGCAACACCUUAGUGGGCAUAAAGGUCGCUGCCUCAACGCGCCUGCGAUACAUCAUCCAUGCUACAGGUGUUCGUCAGUUAAUGAGGCGAUUGCGAAGAAGAUUUGCAGAAAACAUCCUUUGGCCAUCAUCGCUCAUACUGAGAGUCAGUUGGUUAGGACUUAUCCCGCGGGCCUAAGAAUAGAUUCGUCAAACUUCGAUCCAGUGCUAUUCUGGUCGUGUGGCGUACAGCUUGUGGCACUCAACUAUCAGACGGAGGACGCCGCGAUGGCGGUAAACGCCGCCAUGUUUGAAAGCAACGGUUGCCAUGGUUACGUAAGAAAACCGCGCGUAAUGUGGGAUCCCAGCCAUAUUGCGUAUAGAAGGUUUAACCCAAUGGACAAGGAGUUUGAUGGUAUACACGCUGCCCAUCUCACUUUGGGCGUUAUAUCUGGCCAGUACGUGGCGGAGAACGUCUACUCCUUCUACAAUGCCUAUGUGGAAGUGGAGAUGCUGGGCGUGCCCGCUGAUUGUAAGAAGAUUAAGACGAAGGUCGCGAGGAAGAAUGCCCUGAACCCAAUAUGGAACGAGACAUUUACGUUUAAGGUGAAUUUUCCCGAACUCGCCCUAAUAAGAUUCGAGGUGUAUGACGCGGACACGAACUAUAUGUUGUCGCAGCGCGUCAUUCCUCUGCUAUGUUUGCGGCCGGGGUACAGGCACGUAAGACUGCGGUCGCCAACCAACCAGCCACUGAACAUGGCGUCUCUGUUGAUCUUUUCGCGAUGCGCUGAAGAGUUAGCGGGGGAAUCGUCUCGGACGGAUAUGGAACCGACGUCACCCACUCAAAGGAGGAAAAUCCACUUUGUGGUGGUGCACGCGGUGCUGAUGAGCGAGCCCUACUCCAUCUUGAAGGUCACACAUGAUACGACGACAAAUGAGGCAAUAGCCCAGUGCCUCACAAAAGCCGGAAUCUGUCGUUCAGCACGCGCCAACUAUGUAUUAGUGGAAGAGGUCCCUUCAAGGACUCCUACUCAGAGGGUGCUGGGCCCUAACGAGAGGGUCUUAAAGGCCUCCAAACCUGGAAGUCGAUUGGUGCUGAAGAGGAUCGGAGACGACCCAAGCAGCAGGGCCUGGUUGACGAGUAUUAGGUCAGCAUCAAGCAAGCCCCAAUCACUUCCGUCUGAUGAAGAGUCUCAGGAAGACAGUCGGAAAUCGGACAAUUUCUUAGUCUGCGUACAUAAUGUCUGUCAUGAGAUACCGUAUGCUAUACUAAAAGUUCCGCUGACAGCAUCAGCGUCGUAUGUCAUUUAUCAAGCGCUUACUAAAGCAAGGUGUACGGACGAUCCUAAGAGAUUCGUAUUAGUAGAGGAGUUGGAAUGGGGGGGCCGAGCUAAUUCCGGUCCGCAGCACAGAGCAUUAGCUGAUGAUGAAGUGGUAUACACAGCACAGGCGAAUUGGAAAACCUUGGGCAGAUUUGUCCUACAAGAAAAAGGCUGUUCUGUGCCCAUGCAGAUACCAAGGCAUAGAGCCUGCAUAGCGAGGAUCCAACGGGGUCUCAGUAUGACAAGGGGGGCUAUAACAGGUACAACCGGAUUUCCGCUAGUAAGCAGUAUGACGUCACACGAUACCAUAGAGAAAACCCCAGUACAGACUGCAUACAGCGAUCCCACACAUUGCAGACGAGUAUCAAAUGCUCUGGCGAAAGGAUUGGGUCGGUCUAAAGGCCAUUCGGAUAGAGACAUUCGAUUUUUACAAAGGAGAUCUGGUUCCAGAGAUGCCCAGUCGGAAGGUGAAACCAGUGCUUCCCUGGGAACGGAGGCUUUUGCGGCGCAAAUGGCUCGAUUCAAGAGAGUAUCCUUACGGAAGUUGCGCGCUUGGAGAUCCUGAGUGUGGCAGGUCUUUCGCCGACUUGGUACGAGUCUGGCGCAUCAUCGUGCAUCUCUAUCAUCGGACCUGGGAUCUCUUUGGGACUUCUUCAGGAUAGAUAAAGAAAG